AUGACCUCUUUUGGUGCCAUAGUAGAUGAUACUGUUAAGAUUGAGGGUCAGGUUCAUCACUGGCUAGGUACUUUAUGCCCACCACCAAAUGAGCAACCGCGUUUCCUUCAAAUGUAUAUAUACGACACAGAGAACGAAGUUUCCAACAGACUACACGCUUUUACUUCUGAUAGACAAUCACGGCUGAAACCUGAAAUUGUAGCCUUUCUUCUUAAAACAUUAGAAAUGUACAAUAAGUUAGUUAGACUUUUCCGUACGGCAAGAGACGUGUGUUCUUCUACCGAUGUACCACACUUUAACGUUUGUCUUUAUGGCUCUAAAACUGCUAUGUCUCCAGACUGUAUUGGUGCAAUUGUGUCUGAUGGUGAUCCGACAUGCUGUCGCUUUGACAUUAUUAUUCGACAAAGAGACGGUGGCCCACAACGUAUAAACAAACUCCAUCAGUCAUACAUGCCAUUACAAUAUCCAUUACUCUUCAUUCAUGGUGAAAGUGGUUGGUCACCUGACCUCCGUCUACGUGAUAGAAACCAAUCACAAAACAAAAAGAUGACCACGAACAUGUAUUACAGUUAUCUGCUACAUGAUCGGUCAAACGUAUAUAGUCUACUUUUAAGGGGAGGUCGGCUUUUACAACAAUAUAUUGUUGAUGCCUAUGUAUGUAUCGAGGAAAGCCGCCUUGAUUACUAUAGAAUGAAUCAAAAUGUCUUUCGUACUGAAUUCCUUCAAGGUGUACAUGAUGCGGUUCAACAUGGUGAUACUGAAGGACGUGAUAUUGACAAACGAAUUGUGUUGCCUUCAUCUUUCAUAGGUGGUCCCCGGUACAUGUAUAAACAUUACCAAGAUGCUUUGGCUAUAUGUCGAGUGCAUGGGAAUCCACAAUAUUUCAUUACUUUUACAUGUAAUGUGAAAUGGCCAAAGAUUGAAAGAUAUAUGGCAAGGUUUCCAUCCUUGAAGGCCCAAGAUCGGCCAGACAUCAUCGCAAGAGUAUUCCAACGAAAGGUUAAAUCAAUCAUGAAUUUUUUGAAGACCAAUAAACCAUUUGGUGAUGUUGCUGCAGAUUUAUACAUGAUCGAGUUCCAAAAGAGGGGCCUUCCUCAUUGUCACUUGCUUUUGUGGGUUACUCAGCCGUAUAGAAUAAAAGACGCAUCCGACGUUGACAACUAUAUAUCUGCUGAGAUACCAAACCCUAUCCUAGAACCUCAAUUGUAUAAGAUUGUCACGGAUCUUAUGAUUCAUGGGCCGUGCGGUAUAGUUAAACCAGAUGCGCCAUGCAUGUCCUCUGGUUCUUGCUCUAAGAACUAUCCAAAAGAAUAUCAGGAAGUAACAUCAUUCGACGACAGUGGAUAUGUUCAUUACAGAAGACAAUCAACUGGAUUCACUGUAACAAAGAAUGGCAUGAAAAUAGAUAACGGGUACGUUGUACCAUACAAUCGUGUCUUAUCUAUGCAUUAUAUGGCUCACAUCAACGUUGAAUACUGUGGUUGGAGUAUGCUCAUCAAAUACCUGUUCAAGUACAUAUCAAAGGGAGUUGAUCGUAUCCAUUACACGAUUAAAAAAUCACCUUCCCUUACUGAGGACACACAUACUGCUGAUUCCCCUCAUGUAGAUGAAAUUCGAAACUUUCUUGACGCGAGGUUCAUAUGUCCUCAUGAGGCCUCCUGGAGUAUACUUAAUUUCUAA